GCAUAUGAGUGCCAAAUCAACCUUCUAACUGGUCGGACGCAUCAGAUUCGAGCACAGUUAGCUGCCUGUAGUGCACCAGUGGUGGGUGACGCGAUGUAUAUGCCAGCUGCAAUUGCUGAAAUGGUCAGUCCUGGGAGUAACCCACUUGGGAAGAACAAAAAAAAAUAUACAAACGAAAAUGAUAAAUCACUUGCAAUAGAUGAGUGGAUCGCACAACAUGGUAAAGAACCUAGUGUUGCUAUAGGUCUUCAGGCAUGCCAGAUUUCAUGGGACGACGGCGAGCACUGUUAUGAGGCCAGAUCACCCUGGUGGAGGUAGAUAAAAGCUUGUGCUAAUGUUUAAUCCUUGCUUCAUCAGAAUAACGUGGCAGGAUGGACAAACUUCUUCCGCAUAAGCAAUUGCCAGUGCUAGGAUCAUACUAUGAGCUGCAAGGAAAAGGCUCACUUACUGAAUUACAGUGUGUAGUUGUGCAAUAGUCUUGAGCUAUGAUUUGGUGGGUGAAAUAUCAGGACGUUGAAGAGGAAUUCACCAGCAUAUAUUUGGGUCAUUAAUUGAAGGUGUGUUGCAUGUUGCCCUACUCUCAGAGUUUCUGAAGCAAUGAUUUGCACAUAUGCUAGUCUUCCCUUGACAAAUCCCUCAGUGCAACGGCGAAUCUUACUAUAGUAGUAAAGCAUGUCAUAAAUAUAGCAGGCCCAUACCCUUUUUAUCCUUCACUGGUAAUACUACUCACUGAAUCUUGGGGCUUAGCCAGUUUUUAUUUUGAGGAAUGCAAAUACGAUCUGCUGUCAUGCUUGAUCCAAUCAAUGUUCAGACUUCAGUACGAAGUAGUAAUUGAAGUUUAUGAAACAGUGUCAGUGAGUUUGUUAUAACAGGAUAUGCUUGUUGAAUAUAUAACUUUAACAUCCUAUCUGCUGAAGUUUUUAAUCAUGAGCUCA